UCAUCUUUUUCUUCCGUGAGGAUCUUGACUGCUCCUCACUGCUGUCAAUCCUGCAGUUUCUGCUCGAUAAAAAGGAUCAAUUGGAUUGAAGUCUCGUGUGCCCUUUUCUCCUCUCUGUGUCCCUUUCUUUGACUCGCAAGCUUAGCGGAUAUAGCGAGAGAGUGAAGGAAGAUGAGCAGGAAUGUUGAGAAGAUGGCAUCCAUUGAUGCCCAGCUGCGGCUGUUGGCGCCGGCGAAGGUCUCCGAGGACGACAAGCUUGUGGAGUACGACGCUCUCUUGCUCGAUCGCUUCCUUGAUAUUCUCCAGGACUUACAUGGAGAGGACAUCCGUGAAACGGUUCAAGAAUGCUAUGAGCUUUCAGCAGAAUAUGAAGGGAAGCAAGAUACCCAGAAACUAGAGGAGCUUGGGAGGGUGAUUACUAGUCUGGAUCCCGGGAAUUCCAUUGUGGUUACCAAAGCGUUUUCCAAUAUGCUUAACUUAGCCAAUCUGGCUGAAGAGGUUCAGAUAGCCUCGAGGCGGAGGAGUAAGUUCAAGAAGCGUGAUUUGUCUGAUGAGGCGUCUGCCACAACUGAAUCGGACAUCGAAGAGACUCUUAGGAGGCUUGUAGGACAACUGAAUAAGUCCCCCGAAGAAGUGUUUGAUGCUAUAAAGAACCAGACAGUUGAUCUUGUGCUCACCGCCCAUCCUACUCAGUCUGUUCGUAGAUCUUUGCUUCAAAAACAUGCAAGGAUUCGGGAUUGUUUGACUCAGUUGUAUGCUAAAGACAUCACUCCUGAUGAUAAGCAGGAGCUCGAUGAGGCUCUACAGAGAGAGAUACAGGCAGCUUUUCGCACCGAUGAAAUCAGGAGGACCCCACCGACUCCACAAGACGAGAUGAGGGCUGGGAUGAGUUACUUCCACGAAACUAUAUGGAAGGGAGUGCCAAAGUUCUUGCGCCGUGUUGACACAGCUUUGAAGAAUAUUGGGAUCAAUGAGCGCGUCCCCUACAAUGCCCCGCUUAUCCAAUUUUCUUCAUGGAUGGGAGGGGAUCGAGAUGGCAACCCGAGAGUAACCCCAGAAGUUACAAGGGAUGUGUGCUUAUUGGCUAGAAUGAUGGCUGCCAACAUGUACUUUUCUCAGAUUGAAGAUCUUAUGUUUGAGCUCUCAAUGUGGCGGUGCAGUGAAGAACUGCGUGGUCGGGCAGAUGACCUUCAUAGGACCUCGAAAAGAGAUGUCAAACACUAUAUUGAGUUUUGGAAACAGAUUCCCCCGAAUGAGCCUUACCGAGUGAUUCUUGCUGAUGUUAGAGACAAACUGUACAGCACGAGGGAGCGUGCUCGCCAGUUACUAGCGAAUGGCUUCUCUGAUAUUCCCGAGGAGGCAACGUUUACAAACGUCGAACAGUUUCUGGAGCCUCUUGAAGUAUGCUACAGAUCGCUAUGCGCCUGUGGUGACCGGUCUAUUGCAGAUGGAAGCCUUCUCGAUUUUCUGAGGCAAGUUUCCACCUUUGGGCUCUCGCUCGUGAGGCUCGAUAUACGACAAGAGUCCGAUAGGCACACCGAUGUUCUGGAUGCAAUCACGCUGCAUUUAGGGAUUGGAUCGUAUAAAGAAUGGUCGGAAGAGCGCAGGCAGGAAUGGCUGCUAUCUGAGCUGGGCGGGAAGCGCCCUCUUUUCGGCCCCGACCUGCCUAAAACCGAAGAAAUUUCCGAUGUGCUCGACACGUUUCAUGUUCUUGCUGAACUCCCCUCGGAUAACUUUGGCGCCUACAUUAUUUCGAUGGCCACGGCCCCAUCCGAUGUGCUCGCUGUAGAGCUUCUGCAGAGAGAGUGUCAUGUCAAGAAUCCGCUGAGAGUCGUGCCUUUGUUUGAAAAACUCGACGAUCUCGAGGCUGCACCGGCUGCUCUGGCUAGGCUGUUUACGAUAGAUUGGUACAGGAACAGGAUCGACGGGAAGCAAGAAGUCAUGAUUGGAUACUCGGAUUCAGGGAAAGACGCUGGGCGGCUCUCUGCAGCGUGGCAGCUGUACAAGACUCAAGAGGAGCUCGUGAAGGUGGCGAAGGAGUAUGGUGUGAAGCUCACUAUGUUUCAUGGACGGGGAGGGACCGUGGGGCGAGGAGGCGGUCCAACCCAUCUCGCCAUUUUGUCACAGCCGCCCGACACAAUCCACGGAUCCCUUCGCGUGACGGUUCAAGGGGAAGUCAUCGAGCAGUCCUUCGGGGAGGAACACUUGUGCUUCAGAACGCUGCAGCGCUAUACUGCAGCCACACUCGAGCACGGAAUGCACCCUCCUAUCGCCCCAAAGCCCGAAUGGCGGGCCCUUCUUGACGAGAUGUCUGUCGUUGCCACUGCAGAGUAUCGCUCCGUGGUCUUCCAGGAGCCUCGAUUCGUUGAAUACUUCCGACUCGCAACGCCCGAGCUAGAAUAUGGGCGAAUGAACAUUGGGAGCCGGCCUGCAAAGAGAAAGCCAAGCGGGGGAAUAGAGUCACUCCGUGCAAUUCCAUGGAUCUUCGCCUGGACUCAGACGAGGUUUCACCUCCCCGUCUGGCUCGGCUUUGGAGCUGCAUUCAAACACGUCAUCGAGAAAGAUAUCCGAAACCUGCAGAUGCUGAAGGACAUGUACCGGGAAUGGCCUUUCUUCAGAGUGACACUCGACCUCGUUGAAAUGGUGUUCGCCAAGGGCGAUCCAGGCAUUGCAGCUUUGUACGAUAAGCUGUUGGUAUCAAAGGAUCUAUUGCCAUUCGGAGAACAGCUAAGAACCAAAUUCCAAGAAGCCAAAAGCCUUCUCCUCCAGGUUGCUGGACACAAAGAUCUUCUCGAAGGCGAUCCAUACUUGAAGCAGAGGCUGAGUCUGCGAGACGCCUACAUCACAACGCUCAACGUCUCUCAAGCGUAUACACUGAAGAGGAUACGCGAUCCGAGCUACAAUCCACAUCUGGCACAGGAGAUCACAGAAUCCAGAAAACCCGCUACCGAGUUGGUGAUGCUUAACCCCACCAGUGAAUAUGCUCCUGGAUUGGAAGAUACCAUCAUCUUGACCAUGAAAGGAAUUGCAGCUGGAAUGCAGAAUACUGGUUAAGAUGUAACAAGUCUCUUCAGACUUCAGUUUCACCCUAUGUUUGUAUACAUUACUUUAUAUAAGUCAUAUAUAGUGCCUAUGUGAGUGAAUCUUCAAAUAAUGUUUUGCCUCAAGGCUUUGGUUGGUCUAAAAAAAAUUCCAACUUUUUGUGUUUAUGAUGAUUCUUGCUAUAUCUUUAAA